UUAUGCUCGCUCUCCGCGGAUUCGGCGGGCCAACUGAAUGUCCUUUGGCAUGAUGGUGACGCGCUUGGCAUGGAUGGCGCACAAGUUGGUGUCUUCAAAGAGACCAACCAGGUAAGCUUCGCUAGCUUCUUGAAGAGCCAUCACAGCAGAGCUCUGAAAACGCAGGUCGGUCUUAAAAUCUUGAGCGAUUUCUCGCACAAGACGCUGGAAGGGCAGCUUGCGGAUGAGCAGCUCGGUAGAUUUCUGGUACCGACGGAUUUCACGAAGAGCGACAGUACCAGGCCUGUAACGAUGAGGUUUCUUGACUCCUCCAGUGGCAGGCGCACUCUUACGAGCUGCCUUUGUGGCGAGCUGUUUUCGUGGAGCUUUUCCACCAGUUGAUUUACGAGCAGUUUGUUUUGUACGUGCCAUCCUCAAUUCUAACCGAAAAUAGACGGAAAUGGUAAAAGAUUUUCUAAACAAUAAUUUUAUACUUAGCGGGCUUCCUUCCGAUUGGUCAAAAACUAUGCGAUUUCAUUGGACAACCAAUACUACUAGUAAAAUAUUUACCCGUGUUGUUGUGUUUCUAUCCGUAGAUUUUACCAAUUCACUGGAUUAAUGGAAAUUGGAAAUACAAAUUUUUCGUCCUAAAUAAUUAGAAAGUAUCAUACUAAAAGCAGUCGAAGAGUUAUAAGACAGGUUUUUUAGUGACUCCGACUAUUAUUUUCCCUUUUAACCUGUUCGCACUUCCCUUGCGAAGCAUAAGUAUGGUAAUAAUUACCUUGACCUCUUAGCUCUUUUGUCCGCACUAACCAAUAGAGAAGCACAUCUUAUUAUUUGUUCUGGGGUGUUUUCAGUGAGGUCAUUCUUUGCGGUAUAAAUUCUGUGAGAUUCGUUGGUCAAGGUAUUGUAGUCAGAAUCUUACGAAGCUAUCAACAUGUCUGGUCGAGGCAAAGGAGGCAAAGGUCUAGGAAAAGGAGGCGCCAAGCGUCACCGAAAGAUCCUGCGUGACAACAUCCAAGGCAUCACCAAGCCAGCUAUCCGUCGUCUUGCACGCCGUGGCGGUGUCAAGCGAAUCUCUGGUCUAAUCUACGAAGAGACUCGUGGUGUUCUCAAGGUUUUCCUAGAGAAUGUAAUCCGUGAUGCUGUGACCUACACCGAGCACGCCAAGCGCAAGACUGUCACCGCCAUGGACGUGGUGUACGCACUCAAACGUCAGGGACGUACUCUCUACGGAUUUGGCGGUUAAAUCUUCACGCUACACUCUCAAACCAACGGCUCUUUUAGGAGCCACCACAUCUUUAAAAGUCAUUGCCAAUAAAGUUUUGUCCUAUCAAACUCAAAUUUGUUUGCGGGAUUAAAUUAUAGAAGAAUACAAUACAGAUCGGCUUGCAGUAGUGAAAGCCUAACUUUGGCUUUAGCUGGAAGAUCUAGUUUCAGAAGUUCGUAAUUCGCCUUGUGACCUGCAAAUAAGCUAACAUAUGAGAAUGUAAUUUUGGAAGAGGAAUAGACGUUAAAAUAUUCGCGCGGUUUUAACGGUCAAAUGAAUUUUGAAAAUUGCGUCGAGGCAGGAGCGUUCUGCUUUCAACAUUCCUUCGCCAGGAGGAAACGUCCCUUGCCCCGAGGAGCUAGGAGAAACGGCUGUAUUCGCAGGUUCUGAUUUAGACUGCAAAACAGUCGGUUUUUUUCUCAAAAUCAGUAAAGAAAUCGGUAAAGCGUGGCGUAAGAGCCUCACACGCCCGUCUCUCCCCAGUCUCGCUCUCUGUUUUCAGCUUCGUUCCAGACCUUUUGUUUGACUGCUCGCGCGUACUUGAAUACGCAAAAAUACGGACUGUUUUGCAGUCUAGUUCUGAUUAAAAAAAAGAAAUGGUACCGUUAGGAAAGGGAAGAUGGCGCGCUUCCUGCGCGCCCGAAAUUCACUUCCCUUUCGAACGCCUGUCACGGAGGCUAAGUCAAACCCCGUUAAUACGGACACAGAGUGGGCCAUAGAAAGUGUCCGUAAAUAUAUAGCGGAUUGAUUUUUAAUAAGAGAAAAUGUUUAAAAUGAGCUUUCUUUCCCCAGGGACAAGGCAAACUGUCCGUUAUAAUGAGGUGUCCGAAUGAAGCGUAUAUAGCCGGAGCAGACGCAUUUUUCGGCUCUUGCUUCGUGCGGGGUUUGAAUGUAGUUCCACCACAUAAACCCUCUCUCACAGUAUUUUGGAAAAUGUAAGUGGCAUUUCUCGUACCGAUUCUGAUGGCCUGUGGUUUAGCUAAUUUCAGGGAUAAAAAGUUACUUAAAAUUUGUGUAUCAUCGAACCACUACUCGGUAGCUCUUUUGCCGUCAGCGAUGUAAAAUCAUAUUGAACCUGUGUGUCUUAAAAGAAAGAUUGUAAAAAAAUAAAUUGCAACACCCGUGCAUGAUACUGUGGAAAGUAACUCUGUUGAUCAUGACUUUUAUCAUAUUUGGUGGCUCCUAAAAGAGCCGUUUGUUUUUGACGCCGGGAACUGUUUAAGCUUUUGGCUUCUUCUCUGUCUUCUUGGGUAGAAGAACAGCCUGGAUGUUGGGAAGAACACCUCCUUGUGCGAUGGUGACGCCGGCGAGCAGCUUGUUCAACUCUUCAUCGUUGCGGACAGCAAGCUGAAGAUGACGGGGAAUUAUUCUGGUCUUCUUGUUGUCACGAGCGGCGUUACCCGCCAACUCGAGGAUCUCAGCGCUCAAAUACUCGAGCACUGCAGCCAAGUAGACUGGAGCACCAGCGCCAACACGCUCAGCAUAGUUGCCUUUACGAAGAAGACGAUGGAUACGACCAACAGGGAACUGAAGCCCUGCUCGGGAUGAUCGGCUCUUAGACUUGGUGCCCUUCGCCUUUCCUUUACCGCGACCAGACAUGUUUACAAGACUUAUGUUAAGCACGUAAUAGAGCUAGUGAAAUACUUAAAGUUCCUUGAAAGCCAUGAAAUUUAUACGCGCGGAAAAAUUUGAAUAGGAUCAAAACGCACCAAUCAGGCUAAAAAAUUUAAGUGGAUAAUGAAAUAUGAUGAUGUAUGCAAGAAGCUUGUUGACCUUAAACAAGAGAAACCAAUGAAAACUCAAAGAUUUCGAUCCGUAUGUUAAUUGAUCCCCUGCUGGUUUUGUUAUAAAUACAAUAUUCAGCAUGUGUGAAUCAUUCACUUCCAUUCUGAUCAACAGAUAUGGCACCCAAAGUUGCAGGAAAGAAAGGCGAGAAGAGAGCUGGCAAGGCCAAGGCCCCAUCUGAUGGAAAGAAGAAGAGGAGGGGAAAGAGAAAGGAAAGCUAUGCAAUCUACAUCUACAAAGUGUUGAAGCAAGUUCACCCUGACACUGGUAUCUCCAGCAAAGCCAUGGGCAUCAUGAACUCGUUUGUCAACGACAUCUUCGAGCGCAUCGCUACUGAAGCUUCGCGCCUUGCUCACUACAACAAGAAAUCAACUAUCAGUUCUCGCGAGAUCCAGACCGCCAUCAGGCUGCUUCUGCCCGGUGAACUGGCCAAACAUGCUGUCAGUGAAGGAACCAAAGCUGUGACGAAGUACACCAGCAGCAAGUAA